CUCCUCUGACCAGCAGGCCAGCGCAUCAUCUCCACUCAGCAUGUCUUUGCCCAACUCAGAGAACGCUACCACCCUGGAGAAUGCCAUGCAGCUUCUGAUCCAGACUUUCCACAAGUACUCCGGGAAUGAGGGGGACAAAUACACACUAAGCAGGGCUGAACUCAAAGAGAUGCUCACAGCAGAGCUUGGCAGCUACCUGGGGAACGCCCAGGACAAAGAGGCGGUGGAUAAAGUCAUGGGAGACCUCGACUCAAACAAUGAUGGAGAGGUAGAUUUUACUGAGUUCAUCAUACUGGUGGGAGCUCUGACUGUGGCCUGUAACGACUUCUUCCUGGAAUACAACGAUAAGCCGGAGAAGAAGUGAACACCUCCUCAACUCAAAGAACCACACUGCAAAUCCACAUACUCCAGGGAGGAAACAGUUAAGGCAGGAGAGAACAGUCAUCUAGAAAAAAUGAACUAAUGUGCACAAAUACACGCAUUGUGAAGUCAGGAAUGCUCAUUGGCUUUUUGUGCAUUUAUCUGCAAAGUCCCAUAGAAACAUUUAUUGUUGCAAUGUAAAAAUCAGGAUAAUCUUGGUCACCUGUAACUGUUGCAUUUGUGAAUAUCUCUCUUUGUUAUUUUGUUACACAUGCAAAGCUCUAUAAUAUCCCCACUGGAAAGAAUAAAUGUGAACUUGACUGAAACGACGCGACACUUGCUGUGCUUUAUUAUAAUAGAAAACAGUAGUAAUAACAAG